UUUUUUUUUUUUUUUUUAAUUUGUCAAACUGAUGUGUAGUGAUUACAUAUAUACUCAAAGGUUCCACUCCUAAAAUUCAGGAAGCAAAGCAUUUAGGAAGCUUCCAGUGUGCUAGUUUUCUGUUAAUUAUGCAGAGAUAUAAACUAAAAGAGUUUGUUUUCAAUAAUAUUUUCAGGGUUUGCCGUUCAUCUAGGUGCUACAGUAUUAAGUUACCUCUUCAACAUAUGUAUGGUUAAUAUGACCGUUAAAGUACUGGAAAAGCUAAGAGUUGGGGGAAUACUGUGUCAGUACUAGAAAUGAAUCUAGAAGUGCAGAAGUCCUUUCACAUGAUCUACAAAUCGAAAACAUGAUUUUUCCCAAGAGCUAAGAAUAUCAAAUUAUUAAUUACAUUUUGCAUAUUUGUGGUUUCAAAUAGUAAUAAUGACUCGCAUGGCUGGCAUUUCUUGACAGUUAAUGGCUCUCCGAAUUUAAGAUAGAAAUAAAUAUCCUCGAGAGGGCAAUUAGUUGUAUUUAAUGACCCAAAGCAGAGGUGGCUGUUCCCCACCAUACUUUCCUUUGAAAAUUGCCACAGUAAUGUUUAUACAGUGGAAGAAAGGAAAAUUUCCUAAAUUAAACUAACGCUUCUUGUGAGUAGUUUUGUGGGUCAUCUACUCAUGCAGUGUAGUUGAUUAGUUUCAAUUUAGGAUAUGUAAAUAGGUAUUAAAACUGCAAACUGCUGGUUCCUUUCAGGAGGAACAGUUAGGUGAGUAAGAGAACAUUGUCCCUGCUGGUUUGUGCUCUGACUCAUUCUUUGUAUUGGCUUUAGCAGAAAGGAUUCCACUGCAAUAUGUUGCUGCCUCCACUUAAUGGCACAGGAAAAAAUGUUCAACUCAUAUUGAAGCAGGAAUAUGUCCCAGGAUGCCUUGUUCAAUAACAGGGUGUCAGAAAGUGCAUACUUGAGUAUUUUCUGUCAAAAUAUUUUUUUCAAAGACAAAGUAAGCCCAUGACCCUCAUACAUGCUCUUGACUUUAUUUGUCUUCCCAAAAGGAUAUUCUGCUUUUUUAUGGUUAUGCUGCAUAAACUGUUUUUGCAGAGUUUUACUUCAAAAUAAUGGCAGCUUUAAAAAAUACAGCAGGUUCCCAUUUGUGACCAUUUAAAAUAUUCCCAAGAACUAGAUUCACCAUAUCAGGCACUGUGAGCUUCAAGUGUCUGAAGAAAGAUGGCUUCUGCAUGCUGGGCCUUGGUACUUUUGGUACAAACCUUGGUACUGGACAGUACUGAAAAAAUGUUUGCUUUUAGCACAUUAAUUUAGUAAAUGACUGGACAUUUUGACAGCAAUUCAUAGCAUGUUCUGAUCUGCAUCAAACACAACUGCUAUGAUGGUACUGUUUUCACAAGUAAAAAGUUCCCUGUUUUGGCUGUGUUGGAGUUACCGGUUUUGACAGAUGUUGUCUUUGCAUAUGAGAUAGAAUCUUUUAUUUCUGAUUGAGCAUACUAUCCAGAUUUUGAACGGAAAUUAUUUACCUUUUAGCUUCAAAAGCUGUUAAAAACAGACACCAUAGUUCUAGCAGUAAUUAUAUUUGAUGAAUGAAAUUUGUGUGGCAUUUAGCUUUAAGUGUGUACUUCAUUGAAAUAGUUGUGUCUAUUAUGUUCUAUAAAAAGAAAGUUGCAUACGAGUGAGAACCUUGCUUGAGAGAAAAUGUGCAUACCCAGUAAUUUUCAGUACAGAAAUGGAAAAAAGUGAUUGUGUUAUGCUUUUUUGCAUGUGAAAAGAAUUGGUGAGAGUACAUGUUCCAAAAGUGAGAAUGCUGUGACAAAAGGUACCUGCCUCUUGCUUGAGCACUUUCACCAUCAAAAAGCUUACCUAUUUAAACUACCAGAGCAUGGUCUUCUUUUUACAAGGUACGUGAUUGCCGUUCAGCAAUGACUGCCUUUGAAAUUACAGGAUCUGUCUUUCUCAGAGAACAAGUGAGGACUGAAAUGAAAUUGCUCUGAAGUUAUCCUAUUGGUCCUUUUCUUUCAUUUGAAAUUUCUAUCCUUACAUAAUUUUGGAGAAAUUUGAGAGGGUAGGAAGAGGUAUGCAUGAGAAAAGAAACACAAGGUGCAUGUUUAAUAAUCAUGUGAAUGCUCUUGGUAAAAGCCUCGUGAAUAAAAAAAUAAAUAAAUGUAUGACUGCUUACAGAGGGGGUCCUUUUGAGUUUGUUGGCUGAAAUGCUAAUGACUUUUACAAAGAAUAAUGGCCAAGAAAGGCCAUAACUAGCAUGCCUGCAGGUUAGAUAAGUACAACUUGAAAGCACGUUUAAGUAUGGAGAUUUGCUGUGUAAUGCAUGGAGAGAUUUCAUACAUCAGACUGAUAAACAGAGGAAGGUGCUGCCUAGAAACCAUCAGGAAGCAGUGAGCACAUGAGCAGCACUCAGUUUCUUUCUAUCUGGAAUCUAAAGACUGCAGUCCUCUUCUUAGGUUAGGUAUUGUCUUCACAAAAGCAGAUGACAGCUUGUUUAUUGUUCUCAAACCGAAGAUAAGUCUGAUGACUUUCAUAACAGCUGAAUGGCUGACACUCACUUCCCACUGAAAGCAUUUGGCAGGGUCCAAGCAGCAGCUUGAGAUAGUCGCAAAAUAGGAUGUAGCAGUUUGCUUAGGGAGCUGGAAUGGUGAGGGAGCAUACAAGAGAUUAUUUUUCAUAGUCACAUUUUUUAGGAACAGUCUACAGACACCUGUGCAUCCUUUGUUGUAUGUUGGACAGUGGUGGCUUGAGAAAUACAGGAUAGCACAAUCUUCCUGGCUAAACUAAGGAUGCAGACCACUUUUGCUCUUACUCCCCUUGUUUCCUUCCUUCAGUUUAGAAGGACAAUUCAUGAUAAAGCAGCAUUUUGUAAAACUUUGAUACUUUGCCUUGGAACAUGAAUGCUUCUAGUUAUUUUUUUCUCUUAGGGUAGACUUAUGUGAUACCUUUUUUCAGUCACUUUUGAAUGGAGAUCAGAUGAAGCAGAAUUGAACAUAGCACUGAAGAUAAGAGGUGCCAUGGAUGUGUAUUGUAGCAGUCCUGGCAGAACACUACAGCUUCUUUCCCUCUUCGGUGUUCUUGGCUUGUGGAGUCAUAAGCCUCUGUGGAACUUCAGAUGGAAAUACUGACAUGAAUUUAAGAACUUUGAUGCUUUCGGAUGUUGAACUCUGAUUUGGUAAAUGACCAGGAAUAAGAUACUGCCUGAACAAGCUGAAAUGCCUUGAAGACCUCUGGUUGUGCUUUCAUUCUUCCUGAAGCAAUGGUUUUCUCAGCAAUGUUGACACUGGCCAGUCCUGGGACCUCAAAUGCUACUUUUAUUGUUUAUGAAAACGCCUACACGAAUUUUACUACUCCACAUUUCUUGCUUCGUAGUGGCACAACACAGCCAUUGAGAUAUAGUUCAGGUGCCGUGCUAACCACUGAGAGAAGUACUUUUCUGGUAAAUGCUACAGCUAUCCUGCCAUCACAAGAAGUUUUCAGGAGCUUGAGUUUGCCACUCCAGAUCAUUCUUUCUGCUGCUAUGAUAUUUAUCCUAUUGGUUUCUUUCCUUGGAAACUUUGUUGUCUGCCUCAUGGUCUACCAGAAGGCAGCUAUGCGAUCUGCGAUUAACAUUCUCUUAGCAAGCCUGGCUUUUGCAGACAUGCUGCUGGCAGUGCUGAACAUGCCUUUUGCUUUGAUAACAAUCAUUACCACUCAGUGGAUUUUUGGGGAUAUAUUCUGCAGAGUCUCUGCCAUGUUUUUCUGGCUUUUUGUCAUAGAGGGGGUAGCCAUUCUUCUUAUUAUUAGCAUUGACCGAUUUCUUAUCAUAGUGCAGAGGCAAGAUAAACUGAACCCAUACCGUGCAAAGAUUCUAAUUGUGAUUUCCUGGGCAGCAUCCUUUGUUGUUGCUUUUCCGUUGUCAGUAGGGAAUCCUAAUCUGCAGAUACCCUCGAGAGCACCUCAGUGUGUUUUUGGCUACUCUACCAACCCAGGUUACCGAGCAUAUGUGAUAGUUAUCUUGCUAAUUUCCUUUUUUAUUCCAUUCCUGGUAAUGUUGUAUUCUUUUAUGGGCAUACUCAACACCGUCCGCCACAAUGCAGUUCGUAUCCAUAGCCACCCUGAUAGCAUAUGUCUCAGCCAGGCCAGCAAACUUGGUCUCAUGAGCUUACAGAGACCUUUUCAGAUGAAUAUUGAUAUGAGCUUUAAAACUCGUGCCUUCACGACCAUCUUGAUUUUGUUCCUUGUCUUCAUAGUCUGUUGGGCACCCUUCACCACUUACAGCCUUAUUGCCACAUUCAACAGCCACUUCUACUACAAGCACAACUUUUUUGAGAUAAGCACUUGGCUCCUUUGGCUCUGCUACCUCAAGUCUGCACUGAAUCCACUGAUUUACUACUGGAGGAUUAAGAAGUUUCAUGAUGCAUGCUUAGACUUGAUGCCCAAAUACUUCAAGUUUUUGCCACAGCUACCUGGCCAUACAAGGCGGCGGAUUCGACCCAGUGCCAUCUAUGUGUGUGGAGAGCAUCGGUCUGUAGUGUAAAGCUGCAGUUGUAUGACAAUGAUUGAUUAUUAUUUUCUGGGAUUAUUUGUUUUUAGGCUUUAGGUUGAUUUUUGUUUUUGUUUCAUAUGGCUUCUUCGGUGUGGCCAUAUCUUAUAACUUGAUUAAAUUUUCUGUGCAAUUUUGGGAGGAAAGACAGAGGGAGGGGAUGUGAUCGGUUAUAGUUGGGUUUACUACCAGAAUACAAUCUACACAAAAUAACAAAUGUUACCUCUAGGAUUCCAUGGAAAUCCAUUCUUUUAAACAAAAAUUGCAUUUGUAACAUUUUGUCAGGUUUAUGGUUACUAGACCUGCAAUUGCAUCUAAUUGUAGGGAUUUUUUAUGCUGCUAAGAUACAGUAUAUUCGGUUGGUGUAAUUUUUCUGAAAAAUGUUGCUGCUGUCUGCCAAUAUAUUAGAGCCAAAAAGUCUCAUUAGAUAACUUCUAUUUAAUUUUAACAAUAUUUCAGAAGUUUUGGUGGUGACACUAUAAAACUUUUUUUCUUUUUUAAUAUUUCCAUAAAUAUUUUUGUGCACUUUAAAGAAAUUGCUAUAGAAUUUGUUCAUUGGAAUAUUUUGUUCUGUAUUGAAGGGGUAUUAUUGUUGUUAUUAUUUGUUAUAUUGGUGAAUUUCAAUGAAAGUCCCAUGUAAGCUCUAGGAGGGCAAUUUAUGUUGGUAUAGCUACAAUUACAGUCAUAGAUUUGAUGUUUUUCAAAUGACUGAUCAAAAGUAGCAUUUUCUGCUUAUUUCUGAGGGGAGUUGGAAGCGAUGGAAAUAUCGUAUCCUGAGGUUUAGGCUAACAAUUGAUUUAGAAAAGGGGAGUUCACUUGAAAAUUGUUGGAGGGGGAAAGGGUAGCUGCGGUGUGGUUACCUGAGGUUGUUAGAUGCUAUCCAAGCCUAAUGACAUGCCUGAAAAGCUAUAAGAAAUUGUGACUGUGCUUUCAGUUCACAGUAUGUUGGUAUAAUGCUGUUUCUGCAUGAAGAUCAUUUAAGGCUAGGUAUGCUCUAUAUGGCUGAAAUCAUGCUAUCAGGUGUUCAUUGGGAUAGAAUUAGGGAUAGUAGGGGAAGCCUAUGUAGCCUACAUAGGAACAACUGUGGGGGACAAAAAUCCUAAUUGCUUGUUUUCCAGUUUAAGUGUUAGGUUGAAAUCAUAAUCUCAUAAUAAUGAAUAACAGUUGGCCAGCAAAGUUUGGUAGGGAUGGAGUAAAGUUCCCCUUUUACCCUCGAGACUUCUUUACAUUAAUUUUUCUUUGCCCCUUUCUUUCUGUAGUGGCUGCUACUUCAAGGGUUUACUCUACUGUUCUCAUGCAUUAGGCAUCAGGUUCUCCCCCUGAAAUGCCAAACCACCCUUUUAUUAGUACCAGGCUGUCUUAAUACCUGCCUGGAAAGUAGAAAGACAAACGUCUUCCUUGACUGCAGCAAUCCAGGCUCAGAUUUUUUUUUUUUUCAAUCAGCUAAAUAAAUAUUUAAUGAGAGGCAAGUAAAAAUAAGAAUUUGGUUUGGGCUUUGAAGUGAGAUCCCCAGUUCUGAGGCUAGGGAAGAAUGCUUGCAGAACUUGUGUGUUCUUGCAGAAGGUUUUUGGGGCUGUCUGUGAUGGGGUACAGGAGGAAUAAGGCACAACGAACUUGUCAACCAGGGCUACGGGUUGGGCUCCUCUUGGUUCCAGCUGUCUUUCAGUACUCCAAAGCAUGGGGCCUCUUCAUUGUUCUUGUUCCUGAAGAGCAAAUAGGAGCAAUUUUAUCUAUUGCUGCAUGAAUUCUGAACUGAGUGUAUGAAGGAAAUGCUCUGUACUGCGUGGAUGUCCAAGGACUGCUUGCUUCUGGAGGCCAGCUAAGCAUUUCUAGCACAGAUUUUAUUCAGGUCUUCAGUGAAGAACUACUUAAACUGUAAUUUCUGUUCCUCUCAUUGACAAUUAUUGGUAAAAGUGUUGGCAAUUUUUACAUUUUAUGAGAAUAAAAGGAAUGAUUCUGAAUUUUAGUAAUUUCAUUUUUUAACAACAAAAGGCUUGUUAAUGCACUGCUAGUGGAAGUUCUGGAUUGUGAAGGCACCCUAGCAGGGCUGAUGUUAUUGAUGUCCAUGUCAAUAAUUUCUAUUCCUUGUCAACCUCAAUGAUGAUAUGGAUUUUUCUGAUCAAAAUGAUAGGCGGUAAAGGAGUUCCACUGUAAAACAGAGUGUUUUAGUGUCUUUGCAGUAUAGCUUUUAUUUCUCAAUUACAUUUACAUUGAUGGCAAAAGUUUAUGACCUGGAUUGUAUGGAUUUUCUGUUUCAGAGCUGUCAUUCUUGUUUAUCUCUGAAAGCAGCAAAAUUGUGCUUACAGUUAAUGUAAUAUGGUAAGAGUACACACUGUCGAAGAUGGCAGAACAGGUAUUUUUUGCUGUCUUCCAGAGCUAGGAUAUAAGGGGCUUGAACAAAUGUAAAAUACUGUAAUUCAAAAAGGAAUGAGAAUUGAGUAAUACAGGAAAGUGAGAUGGCUUUCUUGAAGGGGAAAGGGAAAAGAUUGUUGGGGGAUUUCAUAAUCUCCAUUAAGUACUUGCUGUGAAGUAUAAAUUGCAAACAUCAAAGAAAGUUAAUCUGUCUGAAUAACUUGUUGUUUGUUUAUUACUACUCUACCAAGGUUUCUGCUCAGAGGUGGACCUGCUGAUACCUGGAGAAAAUAAAUGCUGAAUGUGUAGCCCAAAUUCAAAAGCGACUGAGGUGGUGAUACAAUAUUCACGUUUAACCAGGUUUUAGAGAUGAUGAGAGCAUGUAGUGAACAAAGGGUGUUCAAACAAACAAACAAAAUGGUGUCAGAGAACAAUCCCCAGGAUAACUGUGUUUACACAUUCAUUUGGCCUAUUGUGUCUAAUACACUGUCUUUAGAGCAGUGCCUUGAUCAUUACAGCUGAAGUUCUAGGACCAAGAUAAAUACCACUAGAACUGCUCAGUCUUACUGUCUGUGAUCCCACCAAGAUAAGCCUGACCUUGCAAACAUUUGUAAUGUUAAAACACAUACAUGUUUGCAGAAUUAGGGCUACUGAGGCAUUUUGGUGGGCUUGAUCAAGUCAGGAUUUUAAAAAAUAAAGUUGAUUGUUCUUGAUUCUAGUGGAAAUUACAAUAGUGUUCUCCAGAAAUUAUACAUGUUACUGAACUGCAUUCCCUUAUGUUACAUUUUCAGAAAUCUUUCAUAUGGAUGAUGGAAAUGAAUGUAUUUUCAAUUAUGUUUCCGUUAAUUCAUUCUGUGAAAGCAUGCUGCUUACACAAGGCUCAUUUGUAGAAAUCUAUUGCUAAAAUGAUUCUUUUGUACUCAAAGUUGUGUAUUUUUGACAUUUGGUACUCAUGUAAGAAAAUUUAUGUAUAUAGAUAAGAAAAUUGUUUUGCCUCUUACUGUUUUCUGUUACUUUCUUAAUUUGUAUGCCAGAUGCUUUUAUAUUUUCUUUUGAAUUUGGGCACAUGCAUAAACAGUUGCAAGACUUCAGUAGUCUUUAUGUAACCAUUUGAAACUUUCAGUUCUCAAAUCAUUCAACAGUGCCCUCCUAGAGAGAGAUCUUGAUUUAUUUUUAAGUGAAAAAUAAAAAUUUGGAGCACAAGUU